UGUUUCGUUGAGUAUAGACGUCGCGCCUUGUGUGCUAGUGUGCGUUCAUAUACAACAACACAAAACAUCGUCAAAAUGCCGGCUCCAGACUACAACGUGGAACUGGAUCUCGGUGAACCUCCGCCGGAGCUGCAGGAAUAUGCUAAACAGCAGUGUGGGGAAGACCCCAAUACAAAAUUGCAAGCCAUAUACGAACUCAAAGACAUGAUAUAUGAACGAGGUGAGUGCAAUCCCCAUCGAAUGGACGACGAUUUCUUGCUGAGGUUCUUACGGGCCCGCAAUUUUGUACCGCAAAGAGCUCAUAGAUUGAUGGUCAAUUAUUACCAAUUCAAGGAGGAAAACCAGCAUUUAUUUGAAAAUGUGUACCCGUUGGAUCUCCGACGGAUAGGCGAUGCUAACGUACUGGCUGUGCCUCCAUAUCGUGACCAGAAUGGACGGAGACUACUAAUAUAUAGAAUAGGCUGUUGGGAUACUAAAGCGAUAGCGGUAGAUGAGCUCUUCAAAGCAACAAUCUUCGCUCUUGAGCUGGGCAUGUUAGAGCAACGUACCCAGAUCUUAGGCGGAGUAGCGUUGUUCGAUUUGGAGGAUCUUGGUACUCAGCACGCAUGGCAGAUUACUCCAUCUGUGGCCAACAAAAUAGUCAAACUUUUAGUGUCCAGUUUCCCUGCAACCACACAUGCGAUACAUGUGAUCAACCACUCGUGGAUAUUUGACAAAAUGUACAAUAUGUUCAAACCCCUGCUGACAUCUGAAAUGCGGUCGAGAAUAUACUUCCACGGUUAUGACGUCAGCUCUUUACACAAGCACAUUCUUCCUGAGUACCUGCCAGAGAGGUACGGUGGAAUAUGGCCGGAUUACCCGUACACGGUGUGGUUGGAUUCGUUGAAGAAAAAUGUCACUAUUGCCCGAGAGGUCCUGGGAUGCGGGUACAAAUUCCGUGAGGAGGAAAUAUGUCCCGAGGUCGUGCGACAACUCAAAGAAGAAGGCAUAAAGUUAUCGUGAAAGUGGACGUUGAACUUUAGUCAGUUCGUGAACAAAACAUUUUUAAUUUAAACUUAUGUACCUACCUAAAUAUUGUCAUAUUAAGGUGAUUUUAUUUUAAUAUACCUAUUGUUAUACGAUUUCAUCUCAAUAAAAUAAUCUUUUAACUAAUCGUUCAUUCAGAGUACACUGACUUGUACACUGGCGUACAAGUCGUAGAUUUUGAAAUACAAUAUUGUUUACAAUUUUUUUUUAAUACUAAGUUCUAUUAUUGUGGCCGCUUUUCAGUCAGAUUUGGAAUUUCGUUGAAAGUAUCUUUUAAGGCAUUCAAUACAGCGAAAUUCUGCUAAACAUGUCGCUUCUAUUUGUUCCCUAGGUGUAUACCUAAUGUUCACCGCAUACAUAUACCGCGACCUAUAUUUAAAAGUUCAAUACAUAAAAAAAACAAUACUAUGUAGAAACAUGCCUUGUAAAUUAGAGUUAAUAAAGAACCUUUUGUUAAUAAGUGUAACAAAAUGCGUAUCUAAUAUAUUUUUUCGGUACUAGAUAGAUUCUGGAUUCAUUAGAUUCGUGACGAGGUAAAUUCGGGAUAAUUCAGAUUCGCUAUACGACAGACAAAAUGCUUAAUUUUUUGAUAAGGAUAAAAUGAUAUUCAAUGCAAAAAAACUAAUAACUUAUUUGCUUAUUAAUUAAAUCAUGGGAAUUUAAAACUGUUAAAGCAACGUGAAUAGGUAAUGAAUGUAACAGGCAACGAUAAUUGCAGGUUUCUUAUGACGUCGGUUAAUUACACACUGCUACGAGUAUAUAUUACCAAUGACGACACUCGUUUGUAAUUAAUAAUUACUGCCGAAAUUUACCGAGGCAUAAAUAAUAGGAAUUAUAAAUACACUUUAUAAAAUAGAAUAAGCAAUGCGUUGUAUUCGUUUUUAUAAUAACAAUUCAACAAGCCGAUGGUACACCUGCUGCUUAGCGGAAACCUAUCGCCUAUAAACGGAGAAAAACUUCGCAGGGUAUACAAAGGCACGUCCUGCUAAGUGCCGGCCGCCCUGUAUUCAUCAAUCUUAGGCGUAGGUGUUAAGCCUCAUGUACCCGUUAUUAAUUACACCAGCAACCGGAAACGUAUAAGUAGGAUUUAAAGUUUAUCGAAAUUAAUAGUGAGCAGUAAUUUUAUAUUUUUGGGCUCAAAGUUUUCUUUGAAGUAUUAUUUUUUGUAAUAAUAAUAAAACCUUAUUAUUUUGCACUUUUGUUUAACGAACUUAUCACUUAACUUUUUCGUAUUUAAAAAAGGACUAAAAGCAAAUCCGACAAUACACUUCUUUGUAAUAUACAAGUAAUAAUAUAAUGUAAAAAACAAUUUACUUUAAGUUUAGACUAAGUUAAUAGUAUGUAAAGAAUAUUUUUUAAGAUUCGUCAAAAAACCUGUGAUAAAACUUGAUUUCGAUGUUCAAAGUGCAUCAUUAUCGUUUUUAGUAUCAAUUUGAUGCUUAUUGUAUGGAUUAUGGUGCAUUAAUUCUAGUGGAAAAUAUUCAUAGAUAAACAAUAAUUUAAGCUACUUUACUGCCAUAUGUGCCUUAUAUUGUUUGUGAACCAAGUAUUGUAACACUAACGAUAAGUUACGUAAUAAAAUAUAAUCUUUUAUUUUAAAUAUU